AUGUACCUACUCGACACCAACAUCAUUAGCGAAUUGCGAUUGCUACCAAAAAACCGAGCUAAUGCUAAUUUUGUCGCUUGGGCAAGCCAAUUUCCUGAUGACCGCAUUUUUUACAUCAAUAGUGUGGUGGUCAUGGAGCUUGAACGAGGUGUCAUGCUAAAACAACGUAAAGACCCAGAGCAGGGUAAUAUCCUAGCCAAUUGGCUAUAUAACGAGAUAUUACCCAGCUUUUCUGGUAGGAUUUUGGACAUUGAUAAAGCGGUCGCUCAUGUCUGUUCAUCGCUCCACGUUCCCAACCCAAAACCCGAAAACGAUGCUUGGAUAGCUGCCACCGCUAUCGCACAUGGUAUGACAUUGGUUACCCAUAACGUCAAAGAUUUUAAUGGUAUCAACGUCAAUAUCAUCGACCCUUUUGAAUUCACCCCAUCCAGCAGUUAA